UCCCCGCUUGAUAGCACAGAGACGGCACACGGACAGCACGCCGUGCGGCACAACAAGUCUCGGUGGAGACAGCACGUGCUGUUAUCUGGGUCUAAUCUUUACUUUUACGCCUAUUUUUUACCACAGAUUUUUAGAAUCCACGACAAUCAACAAUGUAUGUGCACCUGCACAAAUUUGAGGUUACAAUGAAGGAUGAAAAGUCUCCAUCUCCAUAUGUGCAGUGUAUAUACAUAUAAGUAUAACAUAGUACGUAAUGCCGAUGCGUAUAUCACUAUUCACUGUAUACAAGUGAUUAAAUUAGGAACUUGGAACGAGCUGUCCUCUGUUGAAACAUUCAUCUUGUAUCAUGCGCCGAACACCGCACUCUACUCACUAUCAGCGACGAACGAGUGCGGAGCGAAGUGCGACGGCCAACGACUUACCGUGACGACGACAACUCCCGCGCGCGCAGCGCGGCGUCAAUAAAACGACUAUAACAAGGAACAGACUCACAAGUGAAAUCGCGAUUCGCGCGAGUGGCAAAUGCUUUGAACAGCUGAUCGGGAAAUGGAAGGUCAUAGAACGUCGCUGCAAAAGAUCGAGUGACGAAAAAUCAGUAAGUACUUUUCUUGGAACUCCCGGAGGAGAAGUACCGCCCGUGCCCGAGUCGAGUGUUCCCGCGUAGAGCGGAGGCUGGGCCUGUUUUUGCGCGCUUGAUGCUCGACCAGUGGAUCCAGUGCAUCUACAGUAGCUCGAUUCCAUUGUAACAGAUGUUUUUCGUGAGAAAUGUCACAAAUUGAUAUCAAGGAGCUUUUCGACGAGAGCAGGUUCCCCAGUGGCUGGAAACUGUUAUCGAUAUUGAUUUACAUACCUGUUGGAUUGGUUCUUGUGCUUCUCAGGCUGCUUGUCUGUCUGCAGCUGUGGAUAUUUGCCUCAAUCCUACCUGAUAGUCAGACUCUGCGCUUAUUUCUUAAUCGUGGUCUUGCCUUUGCUUUUGGUAUAAUUGUCAAAGUUAGUCCUGAUGGAGAGAAGCGAGAUGAACAAGCUAGAAUUGUUAUUGCCAACAAUAUCUCGGCACUGGAUGAUUUUAUUCUAUCUGCAGCAGCAAAGACAGUGACACCAAGUCUCUCAAAUUUACCAGAUUCAUUGAACAAUGCUUUUGGUCUGAAGAAAAUGAACAUGAGUAGCACUGAUGCUUUGGUUGCUGAAAUUAAACGUUUUCUUCCUACUUCAAAAACAAGCAUUGCUUUGCAACCUGAGUUCAGUGCAACUAACAGUCGCAAGGCAUUGUUAAAAUUCAACACAUGGCCUUUUAAUAUAGAACAAGCAGUUCAGCCUGUUGUUCUUCGAGCUUGGAGAUCAGAAUUUGUUGACAUACGACUUACUUCCAUAGCCUCAACUUGGUGGACAGACGUGAUGUGGUUUAUGAUUGUUCCUUACACUAUUUUUACUGUGAAAUUUCUUAAAGUAAAGAGGAAUGCAGAUCCAAACGUUCUAGUAAGAGAUGUUGAAAAAGAAAUUGCUCAAGAAUUGAAAAUUGAAACAAGUGUACACACAGUUUCAGAUAAAACUGAGUAUGAGAAACGCUAUAUAAUGGAAAAGGUUCACAACCGAACUCCUCAGAAUCCAAAUGUGUCAGGUUCACCAGUUGUUGCCAGCGUUGAAAUGCAAAGGAUGACGCGUCAAGUUAGUGAAGUUCUUCCAUUGGUUCCACACAAUGUAAUUCUUAGAGAUCUUUUAAAAACCAGAAAUGUCGAUGUUACAAUUACAAACAUUCUUGAUGGCAUUGUUACUUAUACACCAGAGCCAUCUCCUACCACAUCAACACCAAGCAGUUCAAAAAGCAAGUCUUCUGUGUCUGCACCCAAGACAAUUAAUGCUAGUACUACAGCAUUAACGUUUCAAGAAAGAAAAGCAAAAAUGAUUGCUGAAGCAAGGGCUAGGUAUAUAGAAAAACAUGGAUUGAAAGACUGUUGACGCUGUUGCUACUGCGCCAUAAUUAAGAACAAGUGUAAUAUAAGAGUUUUUUGCUGUAAUGUAUUUACUAUUACAUCUCACGAAUACAAUAUUCUUAUUUGUAAUCCAAACAUUUCUUGAAUUGCACAAGAACUUUUUACUUGUAUUUUUUGCCCUAUUAGUCUAUGGAAGACUGUACAUGGAAGACUAUUCUGAUCGAACAUUACGGUAUUUUAAUAUUACUUCAGUAUGAAUUAUCUUUCAAAACUAAUCAAUAAACUUACAUUUUUAAUAAAAGAAAGGGAAUGCGAAACAUAUUUUACUCAUAGAAUAUCCCUUAAUUGACUGGUACAUAAUUUGGAAUAAAUAUUAAUUUCUGAAAUUAA